AUGGCGUCCCUGUCAUCUCUGGGUCUGAAUCUCCGCCUCGCCGAUAUCGAUGAGAAUCUCAAAUCUCACCCAGCGGCUCUGUCGUGGCCUAAUAGUAGCUUCACCUCGAACGGACCGUCAAUGGGCCAUGACUUUAUCGAUGAUGCUCCGUGUUUUGCUUAUACGGAAGUGUUUGAAAGCGGGGAAGUAUUCCAAGCAGUUUCGCCUGGUUCGGGGGUUUACCUGCCUCUCUACUCCUCUCCAACUUCUCAGCCAGCUUUCACAGUCUCCAAGAGCCGCCUUUCCAAGAGCAUAGAGAUCGAAUACCAGAGCUUGACGCUGCUGCAAUCACUUGCUAUUGCUGUGCCCUCGCCCUUUGAUCUACCCGAUCUGUUGAGGAACUACGCAACUCUCAAGGCUUACUUGCACCACCUCGAGAACGUAUCACCAUCGCACCCUACAACAGUUGAGCUUCGUCUACUCGUCCGCGAUCUGCUUCUAGACAGAGCACUGUUUUCUGGAAUCGGUACUGAAGUCUACCGAUCUAGUGGCAUACUGUCUAUCGGUCAGCUUCACGAUAUGCAUCAACGAAGCGUAGAUGCCGGCUUAGAUGACCUGGACGCCUGCUUCGCUCUGGGUCUCCUCCCAGAUGUGCUAGACGACGCAUUCCUCGAGGCCUUGGCAUCCAAAUUCACCGAGCUUGCUCUGGCUGGCGACCUGACUGCCUUACACGAUUUGUGCGAGCCCGUCGUCCGCACUGGCGAAGUUGAGUGGGAGACAAAUCCUGACUUGCUCCUUGAGUUGCUCGAUAGAGGAAGGCUGGAUAUCUAUCGCUAUGUUCUAGACCUGGCGUCGAGAACGAGGGACAAAUCCACGAGCCAGCCCGGGUCAUUCCUAAGAGACAUUACAAAUGACCCCCUUCACGUCGCCAUAAGGCUUGGUCACGUUACACUAGUGGAGAGUCUUUUGCAGCAAGGAGCGAACUUUCUAGGUGUUUAUGCUGACAACGAGGCGAGCGGCGGCACAGAGCAUGUAGUCUUGACACCCUUUUCUGCGGCGGUCUAUUGGGGGCAGGCCGAGACUGUUCGCACAAUACUGCUGCGAACACCCUUACCCGAAGGGUUACGAGAAGCAGUCGCCAUAGCAGUCUCUGAUGAGAACACACAGAUCAUGGAAAUCAUGCUGGCGUUUGGUGUCAUGGAUGUCUCAAGGUCGACCGCGCCGGAUGAUACGUUUGACUGUUUUGCCGAAUUGAGCAUCAUGGAAUCAGUUCCCACCGCCGCACUACCUCGAGUGUCGUCCGGCCUGAACUGCACUGGCAAACAGGCGGACAGUGUUCCCAGUGUAGCCGUCGCCAUGAUCGAGCGGUCGAGGCCCCGAAAGAACGAGUCCGCCGCAGGUGCUCUCGCCACCGCCGUCGACUUUUGGGGCAGAGCCUAG